CAAGAUCAAGGAGUCACCAUGAGAACAUUUUUGGCCAUCGUCUUCAUCGUCUCCGCUACCAUUAAAGCAGGCAACUGCGUGGUGUGCACUGAAUGCCGUAAUAGCACUACUGCCGACUGUGUGGGGAACCUGGUGACUUGUGGGACCUGCAUGACAAUAGUGAAUGAGACAAUGUCUAAAGAUGGAAACAGCAUCUCCUACUCUGUGGAAAAGACAUGUAAUCUGAACGCCAACAUCUGCAAUAUCACGUACAGUGUGAACAGUGAUCAGUACCAGGCCAGGUACACGGUGAACUGCUGCAACAACGACUCCUGCAACCAAAAGUCUCUUGAAGUCACUCCCUGGAAUAACACAAAGAACGGCCUGGAGUGUCCAACGUGCUACGCAGAGGGCGAGGAGAACUGCAAGGCCAAGGCCACGGUGCAGUGUACUGGAGACGAGAACACGUGUCUGGUCUUCUCAGGGAAAGACUCACGGGAAGAAAUCUGCCAGACUGUCGCAUUCCAGGGUUGUGUGUCGGCGCCCGUGUGCGGAGGUUUAAGACAUCUCUACCCAGACAAUGUCCAGUGUCCGGACAACAGCACCAUGAUUUGUUCAAAUCAGAGGAACGCCACAUACGAACCGUGACUUCUGCAUUCUGCACCGUGACGCGUGAAUGGCUGCGUAAUGGACAUUCUGGCUUGGCUGAUACAUGGAGAGGACAUGGACAUCACUGGUACCAAAAUAAAGAAUAUUAAUAAGUCGGCGGUCAGCACCGGGCAGGAAGGAACUGAAGCGCCCGUUACUCUGUAUCAACACCUCAUAAAUGAUGUAUCUGUAGGACAA